CAGUUUGCAGUCGACAGUUUACUAGACAGAGGGAAAGGGUCCGCUCAGCGAGGUCCCAGGAGGCAGGUAAGAGGCGUGCAAAUAGGAGGGGGACAGAAAGGACCCCCAAAGGAAGGGAAAGGAGCCAGGAAGGAGCCUACUGAGACGCUUGUGCAGUGAAGUUGGGGAGAGAACAGAAGAAAGUGCUGGCUGGACCAGAGACGCCAGGGGAAGUUCAGACACCAGCACUCAGCCCAGCCCCGGCACAGAGAGCCAGCCUGGUGGUGACCCCGUGACCCUCUUCAGAAGCCUCUACCUGCAGGGCGGCCAACGCACAGGUGCUUUGGGAAGAAGGCCUGUUCUGGAAUCUGGGAGCCGCAGAAGCCGGAGGAAUCGAGGAGGGUUUCUGGGAGCACCCCUCAAGCUUCAGUGUGGCCCAGGUCUGGGUUGGCCACCUGGGGCUCGCCAGUGGCACUCCAGCCUUCCAGAGGUCUGGCCAGAGCCAGCGGGAAAGAGCCGCACACCAGAGAAAGGGUAAAGGUGGACACUUUGCCUCCAGAUCUCCUCUGGGGGCAGCCUCCCUCUUCCUUCCAGCUCUGUUGUCCUGUUCCCCACUGGCCAUGACCUCAGGGUCCCUGGCCUAAGCUGGGGACUGUGAAAGUGACCACCCAGGAGAAGACCCAUCACAGUAGGACUGAAUUCAGUUUAGCAAUGGCGAUUCCCUCCAUGUUGAGUCAACGAGGGCUCUAAGCCCGUGGGUACGGGUACAGCCCGACAGAAGCAGCAUCCUUGAUCCCAAGGUGUUUUGAGGUGACCCACAGAAGUCCCCAUGGAGACAUAACCGUGCUGGAUCUCAACGUGAGAAUCUCUGUUCACCUCUACUCACCCUCUUGAUUCCAGGAGUUUCAGGAAAGCAAGGACCCCUCCACGGACAUUGGCCCCUCUGCCCCCUCGCAGCUGCCCGUGAAGGGUGCCAAGGCGGACUCUGAUCUCCACGGGAGAUGGAGAGGAAGAGCUCGGGGUGCUGUGAGGCUCCAAAGAAACGGGGCCUGUCUUUCUCCAUCGAGGACAUCUUAAAGAGGCCGGCUGAGAGGAGCGAUGUGGUCAGGUCGGAAGGGACAAGUGGACGGGGCACCAGACAGGCAGCAGCUGCAGAUUUCGAGCCAGAGAGACCCCCACAGGACCAGCCCCAAGAGGGGAAGAAGGGUAAGCGGAGGAUCCGAACCACCUUCACCACAGAGCAGCUGCAGGAGCUGGAGAAGAUCUUCCACUUCACUCACUACCCUGAUGUCCACGUCCGCAACCAGCUGGCGGCCAGGAUCAACCUCCCAGAAGCUCGUGUGCAGAUCUGGUUCCAGAAUCAGCGAGCCAAGUGGCGGAAGCAGGAGAAGACAAACAGCCUUGGGGCUUCGCAACCGCUGAGUGAGGCCGGCUUGGCCCCGCCCACAAACCCGGACGUGGCCAAACUGGACUCUGAGAAGCAAAGUGACUUUUCCGAGACAAACGGUUGCUGUAAAUGCUGGAAUGAGGACCAGGUUUCCUGGCCCCCCUGGGCAAGUGCUUCUCCCCAGGGCCCCACGCUGCCACCCCCUGCACAGCCCAGGCUGCUUCCUCUCACCAGGUGCUGUCCACCAGCUCAAGGUCAACUGACCUCUGCCUGGCUCCCCGCCCAGAUCACCCUCCUCCCAUGCCACCCAUGGGAGACACAGCCUCUGCCAGGCCCUCUCAUCAUCCAGCAGACCUGCAUCCCUACACUCUGCUUGUUCCCACCUCCACACCCCAGAGGAGGCAGCAUCUGUACCACCUCCAUAACAGAGACUGGACAUCCUCUCCUGCGUGGAGCCUCUCUCCUCUCCAGGUGAAAACAGGUGGCGGGAAAGUAACCAGGUCUCUGGGGGAAUCAAUCUCAUGAUUCAGAGAUGACCCACAGUUCAGGAAGCCACCCUGAGCAUGUCCUUUGGCAGGUUGCUUCGGAUUCAGCAGCAAGGUGACCAAUAAAGGAAGCUCUGCUCUCUCCUGGCCAGUGUGGCCCUCCUGCUUCAGACAACAGAUGCUAUGUGAGGUCUCAGGAUGAGCCCUGGAAGGAGGAGGUUGCCCUCUUGCACCUGUGUUUCCUUUAUGUGGUUGUGUGACCUCCAGCCAGUCGUUCACCCCUCUGGACUUCAUCUGUAACACAGGCUGUUGCACAAGAUGACUCCUGAGCACCCUUCUGGCCCUUACCUUGGUGAGAUGAACCAUGGUGAGAACAGCACAGAGAAGGCCAAAGAGAGGUUGUUUGUUCAUUCACUCAUAAGACACUUAUUAAAUGCCUACUGAGUGCUUCAUACAUGGAACUGGAUAUUGGCAUGAACAACUGAGGCUCUGCCCACAGGAGCUCAGUCCAGGAUGACCAAAAGGGUAAUGCUGACCUUCCCCUGCAGGCAGAACAUUCGCUCAAUGACCUUGCAAGAGGUCCACAGUUAAUGCAUUCUGUUAGGGAUUGAUAUGAAUGUUCUAAAGAGGAAGAGAAAUAUAGAAACAUUUCUUUAAAACUUUAAACAGAAUUUAGUGUCUUUGGUUAUUCUGCCGGGCUGGGGAUGGAUGUUGUCAUUUCUGGUUUGGAUGAAGGGAAAGAUAGUAAGCUGUAAUCACAGUUCAUCUUCCCAGGACCUUGCAAGGGGCCCAGUUAGAAAGCCAGCCUCAUUCUAUGCUGAAAAGUCUAAGAAAGAGGGAGAGAAGGAGACAGAGAAAUUGAUUUUUUUUUAAUAUAAGGAAUUGGCUUUCACAGUUAUAGAAGCCAAAAAGUCCCAUGAGCAGCAGUUGGCCAAUUGAAAAUGGAGACCCAGGAGAGCAGAGGGUAUCAGCUCCAGUGUGAGACUGAAGGCAGAAGCUCCAUGUCCCAGUUCAAAGACAAUAAGGCAGAGAGAGCAAAUUCUUCCUUCUCCCACAGUUUCGUUCUAUUCAGCCCUCAAUGGACUGAAUGAGGUCCACCCACAUGGGGGAAGGCCAUCUGCUUUACUCAGUCUGCUGAUCACAAUGUUCGUCUCAUCCAGAAACACCUUCACAAACAUACCCAGAAUAAUGUGUAGUUGAAUAUCUAGUUACCCUGUGGGCCAGUCAUGUUGACACACAAAAUUAACCAUCCCAGGCCCCAUCCCCUUUCCUAGUCACACAUCCUCCCUCCAGGCAUAAGGGGUUCAGGUGACCAGAAUGCCUCAGCUUCAGUACAGAUGUGAAAGCUGGUUUUGGGGGGCCACCUCUUCCACUCUAGGUGUUCCUUUUCCCCCAAUAACUAUUUUCUUCCCUUCACCUUAUAUCUGAGGGGCAAAUGAAUCACUUUAGCACUCUUACCAGCUGUGAAAACUUGGGCAAGAGACACAUUACCAGCACUUCCCUGGUGGUCCAGUGACUAAGACUCUAAGUUCCCAAUGCAGGAGGACUGGGUUCAAUCCCUAGCCAGGGAACUAGAUUCCACAUGCCAUAACUAAAGAUCCCUCAUGCUGCCAGCGAAGAUCAAAGAUCCUGCAUGCCGCAACUAAGACCCAGUGCAACCAAAGGAAAAAAAAAUAAACAGAGAGAGAGAGAAACACAUUCCCUCUGUGUAUCUGUUCCUUGGAGAGCAAGUUUCUUGUCUCUGAGGGUUUCUCUAUUACAUGAGUUAAUAAGCAUGUGCAUAUGCAUACUCUGUAUCCAACUCUUUGCAACUCCACAGAUGGUAGCCCACUAGGCUCCUCUGUCCAUAGCAUUCUCCAGGCAAGAAUCCUGAAAGUUGGUUGCCAUAUCCUACUCCAGGGGAUCUUCCAAACACAGGGAUCAAACCCCUGUCUCUUGUGUCUCCUGCAGUGUCAGGGGAUUCUUUAUCACUGAGUCACCAGGGAAGUCCAAAUGAGAUAAUACAUUGUGGUAGAUGGUAAGCACAGGUAUUAAGAAAAAAGUCAUUUUCCCAACUCUCCCUUCUACCUCCUUCAACUUCUGAUCUUGAGCAGCUAUAGGCAUCCCAGACUCUUUCCCAGGAGCUCUUAAACCAGCUUUCAGGAAGUCAAGGAACUCUGAAAAGAGUAAGCAAAAUUGUGUGUGUGUGUUUAUUUUUCCCAGGCAAAACAUUCAUUGUUUCCAUCAACUUUUCAAAGAGGUUUCAGCUAACAACAAUAAUAAUAAAGGUUUCCUGUUACACAUAUCUGAGUCAGACCCAAUAGGAUCCUAUUCUAGCUCUGUGGACUAGAGGCAUGAGAGAAGUGAAGGGGUCAUUUUUUUAAAGGUACUGAAACCGCAUAUUUCAGAUUGAGACUUGAACUCAUUUUCUUUUAAUUGAAAGCACAUACCUGGUCUCAGGACUUACUGAAGCUCAAGUUCUUUAUGUCUCAGCACAGAAAGAAUGCAGUGAAAGACAAAGCGAUAGGUAAGAAGUGGACUUAUUUAGACAGACACACGCUCCACAGACAGAAUGCAGUCCAUCUCAAAAGGUGAGACUGGCCCUGGGAGAAACACACUCUACAGACAGAGUGUGGGUCACCUAAGAAGGCAAGAGGCCCCAAAAUAUGGGGUGGUCAGUCUUAAUGGGGGGGGCUUCCCAGGUGGAGGUAGUGGUAAAUUGCCUGCCAAUGCAGGAGACAAAAGAGGUGCUGAUUAGUUUCCUGGGUCGGGAAGAUCUCCUGGAGGGUGGCAUGGCAACUGUUAGGUAGUUAGAAUAGGAAACAGGAGUUCAGAAUGGUGGUGGCUAAAAGACAAGGAAGGGAAAAGCCCGCGAAAACAGAACAAAGGAAGGUCAAAGAAAGUUCCAAGGACCGGAGUGAGGACCUCAGGUAGAACAAACAGCUCUCCUGGCUAGCCUAAUUUACACAGGGCAGGCCCAGGGGGAGGAAAGACGUAUAAAAAGAGGAGCCAAAGGGCCAGGGCUCUUUCUUCUCUUCCUGUCUUUGGGUCGGCAUGCCCUCACGCCUCGAGGAUGGAUUUUCCUGCUAUUUUCUAAAUAAAACUGAGUUGUAACACUGAUCUGUCUAAGAGCUAUAACACAGUCUGUUCGAGAACCGAGAGUUAUAACACAGUCUGUCCAAGAGCUGUGAUGCACCAAGGGCUUUAAUAUCCGUC